AUGUACGAGCCGGAAACGAGUUAUGAUGAAUUUCUAAAGAAAGAAAUGGAGAAGCAUCCAGAAUUGAAUUUGAAUGAUAUCGAAUUGUUGAAGAAACAAGUCGAAGCUAAUAAAGAGUUACCUCUUAUAAAUGGUACGAUUUUUAAUUCCAACGCGAUUCGAGAAUGUUUUUCUAAUAUUUCAACUGCACUUGUUUAACAUCACUGUAAAAAAAAAAAAAAUAAACAGUUAAUUUAAAUUUAAUAUAAUUUUAUGUUUUUUUGUUGUUUUACUAUUUCAGAGAAAUUUCUAAUCAUAUUUCUGCACGGUAGUUAUUUUAUUGUAGAAAAUGCGUAUAAGACUAUCGUUGCAAAUUACAGAUACCGCAAAGAACUGCCACAGAUAUUCUCAAAGUUUGAUCCGUCGGCCGCAGAAAUGAAAAAAGUAUUCGAAACAGUGUAAGCAAAUUCGAUUUUUUAUAAUUUUACAAAAUCUGAAUCAAUACGUUUUAUUUUAAUACAAAGUCUCGCGUGAUUAGGGGACAUCAAUUUUAAUGAUGACGACGAAUAUUCAAAAACGUUUUCGAUUAUAUUUCUCUUUGCGUGGUAGACAAAAAUACAUACAUUUUUUUAGUGUCAAUAUUCUUUGCACGCAUUUUUCGUCUAUAAUCGCCCGAGUAAAUAGUACGAUUCAUUAUUGUUUUUAGUUUUUUAAUUUAAAUUUUUUCUAGGUCCUUAAGCGUAGUGACGCAACCGUGUUCCUCAAACACAGAGCGAAUCAUAUACACCAGCUUGAAGACGCCCAAUGCUACAAAUUAUGACUUUGUGGAAGUUUCUAAAUAUUUAGUUAUGAUGAUGGAAUACUUAAUAAUCAGAAACGGUACGUUCGACGGAGUGAUAUUGGCGAUGAAUAGCAAAGACUUCAGUUUACGACAUAUCUCCAAGACACCGAUACGCGUGUUGAAAAGAUUACUCGGGUUUAUACAAGUACGUAAGCCGGUAAAAACUCGUUUUAUUUCUAUAGGUUCAUUUCCGGGAUUGUUUAAAAUUUGAAUUAACCGUAUUAAAACUGCGCAGGUACCUAGUAAAAUUAUUAAUUAAAAAUUCAAACACUACAACAGUACUCAUUUUAUCAACAUUGCAUCUGAUUAUAUUUUUUUAUAGUAUUCCUUAGAAUUUAUUAAAAAAAAAACAAAAAUAAAUUAUAACGCAGAUUGUGUCAUAUAACACUCCUUAAUGAGAACUAAGGUUUUUUAUUUUGUUGCUACAAACAAUUUUAUACAAACCAUUCUAAUAAUUUGAAUAGUUUUUUAAAAUUUUUUUUCUAUAAUCAUUAAGAUACUUACAUUUUACUUGACUGUGGGAACUUUUGGCGUAUUGAUUAUAUAGUUAUUAUCCUAUAGCUAUAAUUAAAUUAUUUAACACGUUCGUUAUGUACCUAAAAAUUAAAGCGCUGUUUUAAAAUAUAUAUAUAUAUAUAUAUAUGUUAAAUUUUUACACAAGGCAAAACAAAAUUGCUUUAUUUAUUGAUAAUUUUAAAUUCAUAAUAAUUUUCAGAAACUAUCUACACAUUUUUUUGUUUUUCGUUUAAAGGAAGCGCUGCCGAUACGACUGAAACAAGUACACAUCUUAGAUGCCGGAAUGGUAGCAACUACGAUGUUUAAUAUAGCGAAACCAUUUUUAAAAGGACCGUUAAUUGCAAUGGUAAGUAUCACUCGAUGCGUACGGAAAUACAUAAUCACAUUCUUACAAUUGUUUAGCAAUUCAGUACUAUGGUUCGAAUACUAUGAAUUCUAUCACUGUCGUCAACGUAUAAUAAUAAUAAUAUGUAUUUAUUAAUCGAACGCAAUGUCUAUAAAUUAAACAUGCAUAAUAAUAUAUUACUUUGUAUAAGAAACAUACACACAAUUUUAAUAUAUAAUCACGUACUUGUAUUGGAUUUUUAAGUUGCAAAUGUACCCCGAGAAUUCGGAAGAAGUUUUCGAAAACCUACCGGUCGACAUAAUGCCGUCAGAAAUCGGAGGAAAAGGAAAAUCGCAUUAUGAGUAUUGCGGUAAUUAAAUAAUUAUUUAUUACAAUUUAAAUUUAGGAAAAUAAAUAAUAAUCGAAAAAGUAAUCAUCAUGAAGUUGGCCUCCCCACUCUGUCCGUUUGACUUCAAAAUACCACUAAAUAAUUGCAAAUUGAGUUUUGCUAAUUGCAAAUUAUCCAGUUUUGAGUAAAAUCUAAUUCAAUAUUGGGGGGGCCAACUUCAUGUAGCCCCCCAUUUUGUCCGAUUGACUUAAAAAUACCAAAAAAUAAUUGUAAAUUAAUUACAAAUAAUUGCAAAUCGAGUUUCGCUAAUCGCAAAUCUUUUUUAUAUUUUUUACGAAUUUUUCAAUUUUUUGAACGAACGUGGAUUGAGAACAGUCAAAAUAUGAUCGGUUCGCGCAUGCGCAUAAUACAUUUUCAUUCUCUCUACUCGUAUAAAUAUGUUGCAUUCUUUAUGGUUAGAGCCUAGAAUUAUAAAAUGCGUUUGAAAUCUGGGCGUUUGACAUCAAACUGUUUUCAUUGUAUUUUGCAUAUCGAUGCCAUAAUUGAAAGGUUAAGGUAUUUUUGGUUAUUAUAUAAAAAAUAAUAAUAAUUUCCAUAUUUUAUAUACUCUUUAUAAAUAAAUAAAGUAUUUCCUCUUUUAUCAUUAUUUUUUACUAUAAACACGAGAAUUAAUAUGUUGAACAUCAACUUAUUAAUUUAAAAGUUCAGAUUAUUAUCAAUAAAUUGUUUGUAAAUGAAAAUUAUAUUUUUAAUAUCAAAUUGCUAUCAAAGAAACUAAAUAAUUAUAUAGGUACUAUGUACCAUGGUUUAUGAUAGACUUUUGGAUGACCUACUUGGCUAAUCUUUUUUGAACGCUGAUUAAUUUGGUACACAUUCAUUUUUAAAGUCUUUACCUAAUACGUAUUUUUAAUAUUUUUGUGCAUAUAUUAUUGUUGCAUAUUUCUUAAUUUUCAUUACGCAUUAUAUUUAGGUAUUUAGCUGCUUUUUAGUACAUAUAAUUCCGGAUUAUUAUAGUCAUGGUUCAUCGAUGUGUUGUGCGGCGUCGUCUUGUCGGGUGGGUGGGUGGAAGUCGUUUUCCAAAUAUUCAUGAUAAAUCGGAUCGUCUUCAAUAAUAGAGUACUAAUUUUAUCAAUAACACUCGAAAAUUUUUUCGAUUCAAUUGUUAUGUAACUGUUCAACAUCGAUAGGUGGUCGAAAUUUCAAUAAACAAUAAAUUAUAAAUACCUUAUAUCGCUUAAAAUAAUUAUAUUCUGUACGUGAUUCUACAUAACAAUAAUAGAUUUUUCUGUGUUUCUGUUGUUGAAAAUUUUGUAAAAAAUAUAAAAAAAAGAUUUGCAAUUAGCGAAACUUGAUUUGCAAUUAUUUGGUGGUAUUUUAAAGUCGAACGGACAAAGUGGGGGGUCGACAUCAUGAGGGUGAAAAAGUAUAGAUUCAAUUUUCAUUUUUUUCAUUUUACAGAAGAAAUAUACAAGAACAUGAUCUCUCAUCGCGAAUGGUUUUUGUCACUGGAUUGA